GUCUUGUAAUCCGGAAUUUUUUCUUCCGGCAUGCCUUGGUUUUCUUUUUUGUUUGUAUUUGUUAUUUCCGUGCGUGUUGCACGAGAUUUUUUCUGUCACUCGUCGCCUUACUCAGUACAUGUACAGUCAUACUGUUGUAACAGUUGUUUACUCUGCCCACAAUCUUUUCACCGUUUCGUUUCGUUAUGUUUCGUUUCGUCUCAAUAAAUCAUAAGAACAACGGUUAACUAGCUGUGGUUAUUAAUGGAGGCAGCAUAGUGAAAAGAUUGGUGAAAACAUUCCAGAGUUUCAACUACACAGGCAUGGCUCAUAACCUGGGGAAGAUUUCUACAGAGGACGAAGAUACGUCACGUAGAGUGCACACCCUCACACAGAAAGCACAAGAACAAUAUCAAGAAAAAGUUCAGAGGUAUAAAGACAUACUUUUACGCUUCUCAGAGGAUACUGAAAGUGUAUUGAUAGAAUGUGCUUCAUCAGCAAAAGAGAUCUACGCAUUAAAGUCAGUGAAAGAAAAACUUGAGGACAGUUUCAAGCGUUACAAAGAUUAUCAUGAAGAAUUUGGUGAUUACCUCAAUAGAAAACACACAGCUGAUAGUACACAAGAGUUAGACACUAUACGGAAGAAUUUUAACGAGAUAAAUAAGAAGGUUCAAAACGCUUUAGUGAAAGUACAAGAUGAUAUUGAUUUGGUCCAGUUGGAAGUGAACUCUAACCCAUCUCAUAGGACAGCAAGUUCUAAAUCAUCAACGCUUAGUAGACGUUCACAACAGAGAGUGGAGGAAGCUAAAACCCGCCUUAAAAUUGCUGAACAGUCUGCAAAACUGAAAAAACAAAAGUCCAAAAUCACCUUAGAAGACAAAAUCCACAAAGCUCAAAGUCAACAGCAACAGGAAGAUAUAGAUGUGGAAUUGGAUCUACUGCAAAAACAGGAAGAACUGGACAUUGCAAAUAUGCGUCUUAAAUUUGAACUUGAAGAGGAGGAAGAAACCACGGAACAUCAAGAUUUAAAACCCAGUGUUCCUAGUGUAUCUGGUGAGCAGAAAACAAGAAACUUUGUUGACAAUCUCACAUUGAACCCUAAUGCUGAGCCUUUCAUAUUCAAUAGUGGAACUCGUACAAACCAUCUUCAGAGAAAUGUUGACAAUUAUUGUUCACCGCUGCUACAGAUACCAACGCAGUCUACGGUGAAUUUACCAUCACAGAACUAUUCAGAUGCCUCGAAUUUCCUUCUCAAAAAGAACUUACUGUUGGAAAGUUUUCAACAACAGCGUUUUGAUGACAAACCAGAUCGAUAUGUAGUGUGGAAAAUACAGUUUAAGACGAUGGUGUCAGAAAUAAGGUGUUCACCACUGGAAGAAUUAACUCUUCUCACCAAUUGUACAAACAAAAACUCAGAAGCUAACAGACUGAUUAUGAGUCUUAGAGCUUCAUGUGCGAGUAAUCCAGAACUAUGCUUAUUCAAUAUCUGGAAACGUAUGGACGAAAGAUUCGGAUCGCCUGAAUUGAUAGAAUCAAGCCUGAAAUCUCGUCUGCAAACUUUAACAGAUUUCACAGACCACAAGAAGUUAUAUGAACUACAUGACCUACUUUGUGAGGUACAGGCCGUGAAAGCUAUUCCAGAAUACAGUGUGAUGUUUUCAUACCUUGAUUCAUCUCUUGGAUUGAAACCUAUAGUUCAACGACUUCCUCGAUAUCUCCAGGAGAAGUGGAUUAAUCGUGUGGUUCAUUACAAGAAAGAACACUGUGUAAUCUUUCCUCCUUUCAGUGAGUUUGUGGCAUUCAUUGGUGAGAUGAGCAUCAUCAGAAAUGAUCCUGGGUUGAUAUUUGAUGAUUCUAAUAAGGAGAACCGCCUUGAUCGCAAAGGACAAAGUAAAGUUAAACCUACCGUGUUCACCCACAAAACUGACAUUUCAUCAGAAACAGUGAAUGGCGGACAUCAGUGUUUGAUUCACCAAGGAUCUCGACAUACUAUAAACAAGUGUAAAGCUUUCAGAACCAAAAGUAUGGAGGAACGCAAACACAUUCUACGAGAUCAUAACAUUUGUUUUCGUUGCUGUGAAACGUCAUAUCACUUCGCUAAUCGAUGUAAAUCCAAAGUUUUGUGUGAUGUGUGUAAAAGUACCUACCACUGUACAGCUCUUCAUGAGGAUGUUAGUAACCGUCAGAUGUCCAGGAAUUCUUCUUCCCGACUAAAUCAUGGCGAGGAGGAAAACUCACUUUCUGAAAAUGUGAAGCAGUCAGUUUCUUCUAACUGUACUGAUAUUUGUGGUGAAUUUAGUGGAAAGUCAUGUGCAAAGAUUGUACCAGUGCGUGUAUAUGUUCAAGGUCAACGUCAAGCAUCGAUUGUGACUUACGCUAUGUUGGAUGACCAAAGCAACAAAACUCUAGGUAAAAGUUACCUUUUUGACUCUUUGUGUAUCAAAACUCUGCCAGUUGACUACACAAUGCAAUCGUGUUCAGGCAAGGUUACCAGAAGUGGGCGUGUUGCUGACAACCUUGUCAUCGAGCCAAUCAGUGACAAUCGUCAGUUGAAAUUACCACCUGUCUUGGAGUGCGACAACAUACCAAACAGUCAGACGGAAAUUCCUACACCGGAUAUCGCUCGUCAUUAUCCACACCUGCAGGAUAUUGCUCGAGACCUACAUCCGUUUGAUCCAUCUAUGGAAGUCCUACUGCUUAUAGGACGGGAUCUUCCAGAGGCACAUCACGUUAUUGUUCAGAGAUUAGGACCACCACGUUUUCCUUUUGCUCAACGAUCUCCUUUAGGAUGGACAAUUAUUGGAGAUGUUUGUUUGUCUGGAAAACACAUUCCACCAUUACGUGUCAACAGAACUUUCAUCGAUAAAAGUGGUCGACCUACAAUGUUGGAACCAUGCAAACAAAAGUUAAACAUCCAGAACACUGUUAUCACUACUAACAAGACUGUUAUUGGAAAAACAGAUAUCUUCAAGAAAACACCAGAUGACAAUAAACUCGGCCUCUCGAUUGAAGAUCGCACUUUUCUGAAGAUUAUGAACGACAAGUUUCAUCUUGAUCCAACCGAAGGAAAAUGGACUGCUCCAUUGCCCUUCCGGCAAAAUCGUGAACAACUUCCAGACAACUACUCACAAGCAUUGUUUCGUGCUAAAUGUCUUGAUGCCUCCUUAAGAAAAAACAACGUCAAGAAGGAACAUUUCAUUACAUUUAUGCAGAAAAUAUUUGACUGUGAUCAUGCAGAAUUGAGUCCAUAUAUACUACCGGAUAAGGAACAUUGGUACCUUCCACUUUUCGGAGUCUACCAUCCUCAUAAACCGGAUCAAAUUCGUGGUGUCUUCGACUCCUCAGCGGAAUUCAAGGGUGUGUCCUUGAACCAACAGCUGUUACAAGGACCUGACUUCAUAAACAAUCUCCUGGGAAUUCUCAUUCGUUUCAGGAAGGAAAGAGUAGCCGUAGUUGCUGACAUUCAAAGCAUGUUUCACUCAUUUCUGGUGGAUGAAGGCCAUCGUGACUAUUUACGUUUCUUGUGGCAUUAG